AUAGCACAUCCAACUCUUGCAAUUUACAGUGUUGUAAAGCAAAAAGUGAAUUAAGAACUUAAAAAUGAAUAAAUAUACUUUGGCACUUGCUUUGAUCCUUGUUGCACUUGCAACAACUGAUGCCAGAUGCAAUCGUCAAUGCAGAUCAAGAGACCGUAGUCCAUCCGUUUGUAUAAGAGAAGCCGGCACCACGAACAUGUGUCGAAGAAUACGUGAGUGUAGGAUGAGGGAGGAAAACUGCAGACGUGGAAUGUUGGGUCAACCAAACCUCAGACAAACAAGCCUGAUAAGAUGUCGCAAAAUUAAAAUGGACUCAAGAGGACGUUGCGCCAGCAAACUUAUUAAGGAUGUCAAAAAUGUGCACCUUUGCAACAAAAUGCGCUGUGAUGAGAAAAGAAUUGUGUCCUGUUACCGUAGUGACGCCAACAGAUGUCGUCUGAUGACCAAUUGCCAAGCAAGGCGCAUCAACUGCAUGAGAGACUCAUGGAAUCAAAUUAUGAUCACAAGACGUAGAGGCUGUCGCGGAAUGAAACUUGGAGAAGGACCUCAAGUUUGUCGCAAAUAAAUUCAAAAUUUUAAAUUAAAUUAUUAAUAAUUGUAACAAUAAUAAAUAAAUAAUAAAGAUUUAUAAA